CCAAUUCAUGCAUUGCUAGCGCAAACUUCAAAGAUGUAUCUUUUAAGAAUUGCCCCCCCAUCUUGCCACUAUGGGCACUGGGAUUCAAAAAGCCUCGGUGAAAAGUGUCUGACCGCUUGUCGACCCUCUCACUUUCUCCGUCGGGUGCGUGGCUCCUUCCUUUGUGCUCGCAUCAGACCACACGAUGCCGUAGACUCCCCUCUCCAUCUGUUCUUUGCUCCAAUGUCUUUGCUUUCUCUACACACGCCUAUUAAUAUCGCAGGAAAUGCAAGUCAUCAAGUCCUUGCUAUCCGCAGUCAUCGUUUCACAACGGCUGUCAACAGUCUGCCCUCUCCUCCCCGAUGAACUAUCCGAUUCCCAUCGAACCACCGUUGCCCCCUACACCCCCCGUUGUUGAAAACGAACCCCCGUACCGCUAUCCGCCGGCAGACGGUCUGCUGAACGCUGCCUCACAGCUGAGAAGGGGCCGUGCCGAUCACCUUUAUGCUAGGCCAUCGCAUGCGCAUAUGCCCAGCAUUGACAGCGCGGCCAGCAGUUUCAUUCGUAUGAGUCCUCUUCCGCCUAGCAGGGAGACAUUACACACAGAAACAGAGUUUCGCUCUUUACAUAGUAGCAAUGCCACAGCUCCUGAACACAACGAUGCAUCGUAUACAAACAUGCGCUCGACCGAUGGGAGACCCUCGUCCCACGACUGCCAUUCCUUCCUCAACGAUCCAAUGUACCAACAGAUGCGACGCCAGAUCAUGGAAGACGUUGCUUUCUUGAUCCACAAAGCUCGCUUGGAAACCCAAAUGCCGCCUCAGCAGUCAUCCCAGCUGCUACCCAAGUUAAGCAGCGCAACCGUGGAAUACCUCAGUGACCCCCAUUACUACGAUCCUACGCGCAGAAAGCAUCGCGGCUCUCUCGAUACCCGGAACAAAGCAAAUAACAGGAGUCAUAUGAGCCAUGAGAGCCAAAAGUGCAACGCGGGUCUCCUUGACAGUGUCAGGGGUUGGUGGACUGGUCAAAUACCUGAACAGGGGCCAUCUCAUUUGGAUGGAAUCAGAGAAAGUGUUUCCUCGAAUUCCAGGCAGGCCAUCAGCCUCCACCCUUUGUCUCUCGCCGUCCCCAAUGUACACCUCGCCGCCCCCGAUUCCAACCUCGCUAUCCCCGAAUCUUCUCCAAUCGCCAGCAACUACAUCGACGCCACUGAGACAAUGAGUCAGAUAGAGGUCAAAGAGACACAGUCCGACUCGGAGUUGCAGCCAGAUUCGGAAAUGCAAUCAGACUCGAGGACGCAAAGCUCGUUCCGUCGCUGCAGAGUCGUGCAGUCCUUGGUAGACUGGAAGCAUCGGAUCAUAAACGUGAGGAUCCCCUUCCGAACCAGUCGCCUCCUCUACUUUAGCUUGAUCCUCGCCGUCGUGCUGUGCGUCCUUGUCAAAUGUGUGCUGGUCUCCUGGGCAUGUUUCGAUCUCGCAAGAGACCAGAGUUAUCGCUACGGAAGCGGCAGCGUGGUCGAUCAACGCGAGGCUUCCGAUAGUUGGCUGAGGGAUUUGAGGGCCCAAGCAGAUAUCGCCGCUUCGACUCUGCCUUAUAUUGCUCAGCUGGGAUUCAUUGUUUUCCCGCCUCUCGUGGCCUGA